GCGCAUGUAAACGAAAGUCAAUCUGAAGGUACUUACUGUAUUAUUAUUAUUACAGUCCUAUUUUAUUCAGACGUUUUUGUUGGUUCCUGGAUUUACGACAGUUUUACGACCUUGUUUACGGCAAUAUUUGACAGGCGAGCGCGUAAUUUGUAAACAGAGCUAACAGCCUGACUCCCAGAGGUCGACGCUGCCUCUUUUUAAGUUUUCAGUCGGCAAUUUUUGAUGGACUUGGAUUAUUUUUGUCAUCUUCUCUCUUUUUAAUUCACCGGGAGCGCAUAUUGUAAAAGCGGUGACCACUUUUUAAACACUUUGUCAAAGUUUUGUACAUGGCUUCAGCUAGCUACGUUAGCUAACAUGCUAACCCAGUGGGGAGACAGUACGUUAACGUUAGCGGUGAGGCUGCCUGGAGGACCGGCUGCUUCGUGUGAGAGCAGCCAGGCAUGCUAGUGCACCUCCUCGGGAGAUCUUUGCUUCGAUCGGGACUACAGCGGCUCGGGGUCCAGCGGAGGUGGUUUUGUGCUGCGCAGAGGGAGCGGUGUCCGGACACACCGCAGCAGGCAGACAUGAUCCGGGGCCGGGCUCAGAUCAAACGGGUCCUCUGUGUGGCCGAGAAGAACGAUGCGGCUAAAGGCAUCUCAGAGAUCAUGUCCAGCGGCAGGUCCAGGAGGAGGGAGGGGAUGUCGAAGUUUAAUAAAAUCUAUGAAUAUGAAUAUCAUCUCUUUGGUCAGAAUGUGACGGUAACAAUGACGUCAGUAUCAGGUCAUUUACUGGGUCUGGAGUUUAAAGCACCGUUCCAGAAAUGGCACAGUUGUAACCCAGUGCUGUUAUUUGAUGCUGAGGUAGAGAAGUACUGUCCAGACAACAUGAUACAAAUUAAGAGGACACUAGAGAAAGAGGCGAGACAGUGCCAGGCCUUAAUCAUCUGGACUGAUUGUGACAGAGAGGGAGAAAACAUCGGCUUUGAAAUCAUAGAUGUCUGCAAAGCAGUGAAGCCCAAUUUACAAGUCUUUCGGGCAAAGUUUUCUGAGAUCACCCCCAACUCCAUUCGGAGAGCUUGUGAGACUCUGACGGAGCCGGAUGCUAACAUCAGCGAUGCUGUGGAUGUCCGUCAGGAGCUGGACCUGCGGAUAGGUGCGUCAUUCACUCGAUUCCAGACGCUUCGCCUGCAGAAGAUCUUUCCAGAGUCUCUGGCCAAUCAGCUGAUCUCGUACGGCAGCUGUCAGUUUCCCACUCUGGGCUUCGUGGUGGAGCGCUUCAAAGCCAUCCAGGCAUUCAUACCCGAGACUUUCUACAAGAUCAAAGUGCUGCACGAAGUGGAGGAGGACACUGUAGAGUUCAGUUGGAAAAGAAACCGUCUCUUCAACCACACAGCUUGCUUGGUGCUCUACCAGAUCUGCAUGGAGGAUCCCAUAGCAACAGUCACCUCAGUAACCAGCAAACCCAAGAGCAAGUGGAGACCGCUGCCUUUGGACACUGUGGAACUGGAGAAACUUGCAUCUCGUAAGCUCAGAAUAAACGCCAAAGAGACCAUGAAAAUUGCAGAAAAACUCUAUACCCAAGGGUAUAUCAGCUACCCCCGCACAGAGACAAACAUUUUCCCCGCAAACCUGGCUCUCAGCCCCCUGGUGGAGCAGCAGACACACAGCCCAGUGUGGGGGACGUUCGCUCAGAGGGUGCUCGACCAGCCUGGGGGUCCAAAUCCAAGACAGGGCAAGAAAUCUGACCAAGCCCAUCCCCCGAUACAUCCCACCAAGUUCUCCAAUGCGCUCCAGGGCAAUGAAGGACGUGUGUAUGAGUUCAUUGUGCGGCACUUCCUGGCGUGUGUAUCCCAGGAUGCCGUAGGGCAGGAGACUGUGGUGGACAUAGACAUCGCCAAGGAAAACUUCUCCACCUCGGGACUCAUGAUCAUUGCAAGGAACUACUUGGAAGUUUACCCGUAUGACAGGUGGAGCACCAAGGUGAUUCCAGUGUAUGAGCAAGGCUCCCAGUUCCAGCCCUCUGCUAUUGAGAUGGUGGAUGGACAGACGAGUCCUCCGCAGCUACUCACUGAAGCCGACCUCAUAUCACUGAUGGAGAAGCAUGGCAUCGGCACGGAUGCAACUCACGCAGAACACAUUGAGACCAUCAAGAGUCGCAUGUACGUGGGCCUGACAGCUGACCAGAGGUUUCUGCCUGGAGAGCUUGGCAUGGGACUGGUGGAAGGCUACAACUCCAUGGGCUACGAGAUGUCCAAACCGAACCUCCGUGCUGAAUUGGAGGCUGACCUCAAGCUGGUGUCAGAGGGCAGGAAGGACAAACGGAGCGUGCUGCAGAACCAAAUCCAGAAAUAUAAAACCGUCUUCAUUGAGUCCGUCAGGAAGGCAAAGAAGUUGGAUGAAGCCCUGUCGCCAUAUCUGGGUGCAGCUCAUGAGAUCACUGAAGCAGAGCAGCAGGACAUGGAGAUCCCGCUGCCUGUCAGGAAGUGCCCUCACUGUGGGCGGGACAUGGUGCUGAAGAAGAAGAGGGAGGGAAACAGUAAGUACCUGUCCUGCACGGGCUACCCAGCCUGUAAGACGGCAGUGUGGUUCCCCGACAUGGUGCUGGAGGUCAACAGAGAUGACAGUAUCUGUCCCACCUGUCAGCCGCACCCUGUUCACAUGUUGAAGUUCAAGUUCCGCAGGGGCAGCAUCCCUCCCAUGAUGCCUUUAGAGUUUGUUGGCUGCAUCGGUGGAUGUGAUGAGACGCUCAGAGAGGUGCUGGACCUGAAGUACCUCAGAGCAGGAGGAGGAGGAGGAGGAGGUGGAGAUGAUCCUCAUCCACCAGCUCCAAGGCCCCCCAGACCAGAGCCACCCAGAGCCCCACGUUCAAAUCCUCGCCCUUCUCUUCCUCCUGUCCCCUCCUGGACUCCACAGCCUCGCCCUCCAGCAGGUGGUGGUGGUGGAUCCAGUGUAGACACCAACGGUGAUGUCAUUGUGUGUAAUUGUGGUCAGGAUGCGCUCCUCCUCACUGUGCGCAAAGACGGCCCCAACCAAGGUCGCCAGUUCUACAAGUGCAACGCUGGGAACUGCAACUUUUUUCUGUGGGCAGAUCAGCCAAGUCAGCAGGGGGCGCCACAGAGUCGAGGGCCUCCACUGCCUGCACCAUCGAGGCCCUCUCUGGGGGUCAGUAACCACCCUGGAGGAGGAAGGGGGCUGCAGGGUGGUGCAGGAGGACAGAUAAUGUGUAACUGUAACGAGGCAGCGGUGACGCGCACGGUGCAGAAGGACGGUCCAAACAAGGGCCGGAUGUUCCACGCAUGUGGGAAACCAAGAGAACAGCAGUGUGGCUUCUUCCAAUGGGCUGAUGAGAACGCACCUCCACCAGUGUCAGGUGGGUUUGGUGGUGGAUUUAACGGUGGUGGAGAUGGAGGGAGGAGGGGAAAGAAGAUCCUGCCAGAUGCUAACAGACCUCCAGCUGCUAAGAAAGCUCGUACCUGCGGCAUCUGCCACGUGGCAGGACACACCCGAGUCACCUGUCCCCAGCGGUGACCGCUGCUCUAAGACAAUGUGAAGCUUAUGAAGUCUGACUUCAAAGUGUGAAGUCAGAUUUAAUUUUUCAAACAUGAAGCAACUCAGAUCGUAAGUACCUCUUCGCAGGGGGUGGAUCUCUUCUUCUGGUAUUAUCGGAAUAUAACCGAGAACUUGUCCUUCCUGUAAAGUCACAUUUUGAUGACAGUUCCAAGGGGUAAAAACAACUUCGAUCACAAGACCAAAGUCAUGUAAAUGACUAAGGAAGCCAGAAAUUAUAUUUCCCAGACACAGCUGUGCUGCACAAUGAUACCUCUGUUAUAAAAAGGGUGCGUGUCCAAGACAAUUUGUGACUAAGAUCAAUAGAAAUGAGGGCUCUUCUGAUCUGCAGUGUGCUUCUUCAAGAUGAAUGCCUGUUUUCUGGCCCCUGGGAGGAAAAGUAGGAGUCAUUUUGGGGUCAGUGUAUUCCCCAAAAUGUGAAACUUUUCCAUUAAAGGGACAGUUCACCCCAAAUUCAAAAAUACACAUUUUUCCUCUUAACAUGUAGUUCUAUUUAUCAGUCUAGAUUGUCUCUUUCCAGAAAUCAUGACCUGGUCACUCAAGAUAAUCCACAGACCUUGAGCAGUAUCAUGUGGGAACUAUUUCCUUUCUCCUAAACUUCACCCACCAACCUCACUGCACGUAAAGCAUGUAUCUUCUCAUGGAGGAGAGGCUCGUGCUUGUGACAGCGUGAGAUGUAAACAUUGAUGGCAUCCUUCUCGGCUGAGCUGUCAUGUUAGCUAGCUCAGUGGUGCUAGGUGAGCUAGCAGUGUAUGCCCGCUUCCUUCUGCAUGGUGAUACAGUUAAUGGGUGUAAUCGUUAGAAAGAGAGUAGGUCCUUCAUGAAACUGCUCACAACACAGUCUGUGGAUGAUCUUGAGUAAAGCCCCGAUCACACAAAAGGUGUUUUAGCAGCUGGAGUUGAAUUUUGUUGUUGUUUUUAAUGAGAAUAAAGUUUUUUGCUUGUGGUUUUUGCGUUGUGGAGGACCUGGCGUUUCUGCGCUCUAGGCACUUGGUGUUGUUGGCGGAGCACUCUGAACUCCUUGAGUUGAAAAAAAACUUCACCACAGAGUGGAUAAGCGCCCUCCGUCAUCUCUUUUUCCCCAUUGUCCAAUCGGAUUAUUUUAUAGUCGGGCCUUCUGUGGUGGUCACGACAAAAAGUUUACAGUUCUGUAUUUUUGAUUUUGGGGUGAACUGUCCCUUUAAAGCACAGAGCAGCAUUCAUUAACAGAUGUGUGCUCUGCGCUUUUACUUUCUGAACUCUUGCUGCCAGAUGACAAGAGGAGUACAUGGAGAAGGUGAACCAGUUUUAAAACGUGUAGGUGUUUGUAACCACAGUAACCUGAAGGUGCUUGACAGUUAAUGUGAAAUUCACUUAUCUGGUCUCGGAUCAAAUUGACACCCUGUUUAUUUAUCUGUAUUCACAAUACUGACUGCUUGCCUCAGAUCAGCCCUGUUGUCUUUAAUGACUCAAUGUGUAUUUUAAAUAAAAACCUAU